CCUAAGGGGAGUGCACGCAGAGGACCCAAGAUGGCGGCGCGCGUGUUGCGGGGCCUUUGCCGGGCGAGGCCGGCGCUGCUCCCCGCCCGGACCCCCCGAGGCAUCCUCCACCGAGCCGCCGCCGGCGCCGCCCCCAGCUCCGAGUUCCGGAGCCAAUACGCCCUGGACAGGCUCUAUCCGGAGCAGAAGAGAAGCGACGCUGAGGAGGGGACCCAAGAUGGGACAAAACAAACCUCUUCUGAUAUUCCUAUGGAUCGUCUGUCCAUAUCCUAUUGCCGGAGCAGUGGACCCGGAGGCCAGAAUGUUAAUAAAGUGAAUAGUAAGGCAGAAGUUAGAUUCCAUUUGGCAUCAGCUGAUUGGAUUGCAGAAGAUGUGAGGCAGAAAAUAGCAGUGAUGCACAAGAAUAAAAUAAAUAAAUCUGGCGAGCUGAUCAUAAACUCUGAAGUGAGUCGCUACCAAAUGAAGAAUCUGGCAGACUGCUUGGAAAAAAUCAGAAACAUGAUUAAGGAGGCCACUCAGAAAUCCAGUGUGGUAUCCAAGGAGAAUUCCCAGCUCCUCAUAGCCAGGGUGCAAAAAAUGAAUCGUGAACGACUGCGACAGAAAAAAAUUAAUUCGACUAUAAAACAAAGCAGGAGGGUAGACUUUGAUUGAAGACAACAACAAAAUUGCCGGGAUAUCGUAUUUUUAAACAUAUUGGCCUGGAAACUGAAGAGGAUACUCAAAUUAUAAACUGUCUUUAAAAAAGCCUUUGCUUAAAACAUGUAAAAAUAAAAUGUAAUUUAACAUCU